GAGAUCCUGGAUCACAGGGGCCGUCAGGGAGGUCAGGCUUUCCAUGGGUGACAUUUAACGCCACACGUUGCCUGGAGAGGCUCUGUGCGUAACGAGAGCACGGGACUGCUGCUGCGCAAAGCAGGACAGGGGGGCUUUUUGGAGGCGCCACAUGUAGCUGCUCUCACACACAUCUGCAGACAUGUCCUUCCUAACCAUCCCGAACAAGGAGGGCCUUUUUCCUGCCAUCAAAACGGGCAAGGCGGCCGAGGAAGGGGCUCGAUCGCGCACGGACGCGGAUGUGGACGAGGAAGAGGAGGAUGACACCGAGGACGCCCGCCUCAUCCCCAGGUGCUCCCCGGUGCCCCGGAAGCGAGGCUCGUCCAUCUUUGACGAGACCGCCGAGUACAUGCGGAUCCACCAGGCGCUGUGCACCGGCAAGCGGGUGUCGUUCGCGGACACCACGGGCGGGGACCUGGUGGACGUGCGCGAGUUCCACGCCUUCGACUCGGACGAGGAUGAGGAACUCAMCGCCAAGUGGGAGGAAGAGGAGGCGAAGUACCGGAAAGCGGAGCGCGAGCCGAGCUACAGCGUGCGCGCGGAGUUCCACGCUCCCGGCGGCGGCGACCUGCUGCAGGCCGUCCGCGCCAGGAAGGUGGAGGUGGAGCGGAUCGGUCCCGUGGAGGACGAUCCGCUCGCCUUCAGCGGGCUCGUCCGGGUCCUGAACGUCUCCUUCCACAAAGCGGUUUACAUCAGAGCCACCAUGGACGGCUGGGCCACGUACUUUGACCACCCGGCGGAGUACGUCCCGGGGUCCAACGACGGGGAGACGGACCAGUUCUCCUUCAAGCUGUCCUUUGCGCCACCUUACACCACACACGGCUCCCGCAUCGAGUUCGUGGUGCGCUACGAGACCUCAGACGGAGAUUACUGGGCCAAUAACUCCUCUCUGAACUAUGUGGUGACGCUGAUUCUGUCCUAUAAGGAUGAUCCAGUUCAGACAAUCAGUGAUGCCCAACAGAGAAGAAGUAUCUUGAAACCCUGCAGAGUGCACAGUKUGGAUGAUGAAAACAGUGAUGAUGGUGAAGCUUCAGAAGAGGAUCAGGAAAAAGCAGAAGCAGAAGAACUGGAGAACUCCACACUGAGACCCAUCCGACCUGCAGCUGCCUGUCCGGCCACCGUGCAUCCAGAGAUCGACGUUGAGAACACAGUUCAACCAUCUGGUUCCUCCGUCCCACUCCACCACAGACCUCCAUCUGUUGAAGGCACGCCGUCCACUCGUGCUGUUUUCCAGGGUGAACAGUUACCCCACACGCCUUCCGAAACCAACCUUCACACCGAUCCAACCUUUGGACCGAACAUCGGUGAAUCCUACCAGCCAGAUGAGUCCCAACCUUCAACCAGACACCAAUGUGAACCACAGAGAAACACAUCAGAGCAGUCCACGAGCAGCAGCCCCWCUGCUUCAGCUCCGUUAUCACAGGAGACUGAAGGAAGAUCCGAUGAAUCCCAGGCUGAAGGAGUGGAGAGCUCAGAUUCAGAGUGUCUGUCUGCAACAGAGGCGAAGCUUCUGACAACAACACGAGAGGACGGAUUGACUGAACUCGACCCGCCUGCUGAGAGGGUCUUCUCUGAACCUUUGUCUCCUGUGGCAGAGACUGCAGCACCCAUUGAAGCAGACGGUGAAACCCAGCCUUUACCUGAUCUCACGUUAAACCCCUCAGUGAUCCCCAGACCYGCCUCCGAGGUGAGCCCAGACACAGCCUCUCAGUGUGUCUCGGCCAGCGGAGAGAACGACGGUGCUUCCCUGAACUCUUCAUCAGAUUAUUCUCCAAACACGCUGGAUCUCUCUGAGCCCUGGUCUGAACUCGACAUCAACAGGAAUCUGAUGUYGUGUGUUUUCUUUCUGAGUGGAGUCGUCUCCCUCUCAGUGGUGAUGCAGGAACCYCGUGCCCUCUUCUUCAUCGGGCUGCUUCUGGUUUUACACCGUUUCUGAGCCCCCACACCCACCCUUAAAGGUUUAUUUUGAGCUCCCGUCGAUUUAAGUGCCUUGUAAUAAUUCCAAGAUYGGCCAACGUGUGGAAAAAGGCUCAAUUGUCCCUUUGAACUUGUAGGGAUUUUUAUGCAAUAUAUUAUGGAAAGUGCAGCGUUCAGUAGAAUAUUAUCUAUUUUUUUCAUUAACCUUGUGAUCACUGUAAUGUCAAAGCACCGAAUUUUACCAAAACAGCGGUGUAAGUGUUUUAUGAUUAUUUUUGUUUCCUUGUGAAGAUGUGACACUCAGCCAGUACAACAGUGCACCUUUAAUGCCAUUACUGAUUAGAUAAACAAUGGUGGAAGCCUCCAGGUUUCAGUUUGAUGCCAGUGMCAAAGUGCCUUAAAGAGCUAAUAUCACAGGUGGGUAAUGGUUUGUGUUAAAAUCCUGUCUGGUUCCAGAAAUGCUCCCCUUCAAAACAUGCAUUACCAUCUCAGAUAAUUGUAUAUUUUCACUGGUUUUGUUUAAUUUCUCAUACUGAUGAUGUUUGUUAAAAUAAACCCUGUAAACAUAGUAUUUAGAA